AUGUCAACUAAAAGUACCGUGCAUUAUUAUGAUGAUGGAGAUAUAUUGAUAGUAGUUCAAGACACUACUUUUCGAAUUCAUCGAAACUUAAUAGUAUUAGCAUCGAAAAUUCAUCGUUAUCAAUUUUCGAAAAUAUUUCUUUAUCCACACAAAUUUAUUGCAAUUUCAUGGGCAAAUAUUUCCAAUUUUUUACAACUUGCAGAUAAAUACGAAAUCAAUAGUGUAAUAGAAGCAUCAAAAUUGUUCCUCGAAACUAAUUUUCGAGAACAACCUAGCUUGGCGUUUGUAUUGGCAGAUAGAUUCAGAUUUCCAUAUGUAUAUAAAGAAUCAUCAAAACUUGUUUUUGAUAUACUUCCAACAUUUCAUCAAUCACAAUAUUUUUAA